AUGCGUGAUUUCCGAGCGGGGAGAGUUCAAAGGCAUGAUUUCCAGGAAGGGGCUCAUCGAGACCACGCGCCGCUACGAGGAGGAGCUAGCUCAGCGCUGCUACGGGGCGGGAGAUGUCUUGCAGAGCGGAGCAGAGCCUGGCCAGCUGCUGAAAGUGUGGAAGUCCUAUUUCCUCUCCCUCUCUUCAUCUCUUCUCUCUUGCAGCUCAUCUUGACUGCGCCAAAACCCAGAGCUGACAGACAGCACUGCAAAUUGGGACUGGUGGAGAUGGAACGCGGUCUGAAUCGAACUCCAACCGCUUCGACAAGCAAGAAGCUGUAG